CAGGUGAAUACCCCACUUGUCACAAUAAUAUUAUCAUGCCAAUGCAUAUAUGUGGUAUUUUAGAGUUGACUAGAUAUUGAUUAAGGCAAUAGACUAUGAUAUUCUGCUUGCACCUUGCGUGAAAUGGUGGAUACCGGAAGUACGGUGUCGCCCUCGGCCCAAAACCCGUAUGUGUGUGUGAAAGACUAGAUUAUAUUAGAUUUCUUUUUUUAGAUUAGAUUCAACUACUAGGACGACGACAACUAUACAUCCUAACCAAGCAUAGUAGUAAUCGGUCGGAGGGGAAUAAUGCUGGUGGCCUACACAUGUUGAAAAUAUUUUUGAUACAUUUUUCUUGAAACUUUAAUGCCAAGAAAGCCCCUUUAGAUGUAAUUGAGUUGAAUAGAGAAGCUGAGCCUGAAUUGAUGGUUAUAUACCCUGCUAUAGUGUUCUUGAGCCAAGCAAUCCAUCUUAAACACUCCUGGUGUAACACUCUUUUCUAAAGCUUACUCUGACAUCAUGACCUCUUUAAAAAGGGGCUUAAUUCAUUGGUAGAUUUAAAAUAAAUAGUUUAAAUAUUUAGUUAUUUUGUCUGAAAAAUGUUAAUCACCCCAAAAUAAGUGCAUGUGCAAAUCCUGCUGUCACUAAAAUGUGCGACAUUAACAUAAUGCUCUUUCUAUGCAUUUCACAAGCAGGCUUGCAUUUAACUCUGAUCCUAAAACAGACAUUGUGCCACUGAAUCCCUGUUUCAUUACUCAGGAGCAGCUGUAAACCCAGCAAUCAUGGAAAGUGCAGUCUUAUAGGAAAUCAGAUUGAAUUAUUGUCAUCUCAAUCUGGAUCUGCGGAUUUGUUUUUUAAAGAAUUAGAUGGUGUAAAGCCUACCACCUCUCAUUGGGCUUAUUAAAAGUGUCACAUCUUCCUCUUCUCUUCAGCUGCACCAGAGCAGCCACCGCUGCAGCUGAAGAAACAUAUAAAUUGAAGGACCAGUGGUCCUCUUCAUUGUCACUGAUCAAGAUGGUGCACAUUUCCUUACAUGAUGGAAACUCUCACAGUUCAGUCAACGAGGAGCUCCUGUCUCGGACUGGCUACACAAUACUGGCCGUUAUCAUGGGUGUGUUUUCCGUGUGUGGGAUCUUCCUCAACGUCCUGGUGAUUGUGGUGACUGUGAGACACAGACAGCUGAGGCAGCCACUCAGCUACGCCUUAGUAAAUCUGGCCAUAUGUGACCUGGGCUGUGCUGUAUUUGGAGGUCUGCCCACCACAGUAACCAGUGCCAUGGGAUACUUCAGCCUGGGACGCGCAGGCUGUGUUUUAGAGGGCUUUGCUGUCUCCAUGUUUGGUAUAUCAAGUCUGUGUACCAUCGCGAUAAUCUCUGUAGAACGCUACAUAGUGGUGUGCUAUCCCCAGGGGGCUGUCCUGUUCCAGACAAGACAUGCUGUUUCCGGAGUGGUGCUGUCCUGGCUGUGGUCGUUUUUGUGGAACACUCCACCUCUGUUUGGUUGGGGUAGUUUUGAGCUGGAGGGCGUCAAAACCUCCUGUGCGCCUAACUGGUACAGCCGGGACAUCGGGAACAUGUCCUACAUCAUCUUAUACUUUAUGCUGUGCUUUACUGUGCCCUUCACGGUCAUCGUAGUAUCUUACUCAAAACUUUUAUGGACCCUCCGGCAGGUGACCAAGCUGCAGAUAUGUGAGGCUGGCAGCACACAUCGUGUGGAGAUGCAGGUAGCACGUAUGAUAGUGGUGAUGGUGUUGGCCUUCCUAGUGACCUGGCUGCCAUAUGCUGGCAUGGCCCUCGCUGUCAUCAUGGACUCCAGUUUAUAUAUUAACCCCAUCAUCGCUACCAUACCAGUUUACUUGGCUAAGAGCAGCACUGUCUACAACCCUAUGAUAUACAUUUUCAUGAACAGACAGGUUAACCCUCCAUCAUGCACAUUCAUAUUUGCACACACAAAGGAAAGGGAUAUAUGCAUACUAUUAUUUACCCUUUGCUAUGUGUGUGUUUCCAGUUUCGGGGAUACGCUGUUUCCACUAUCCUGUGUGGAAGGAACCCGUGGGCAACCGAAUCACAAGUUACUGAGGAUGAGACCACAGUUUCUGCUCUCAACAAGCUCCCAAGAGUCUCACCCAAACAAUCUUUGAAAUAAUAAAAGUGGUCAUGAAUCCCAAGUGUCGAAGCAAUGUAAAAAGGAAGAAGCAAUGGAAAUGUAUUCUUACAAUAAAUACAACCCCUUUGUCUUAAUCUCU